AUGGUCCUUCCCGGCGUUCUUGCGCUGCUUCUGAUGGGCUUUGCCGGCGUCAAUGCAGAUGCCGGUGUUGCCAUGUUUAUAAAUGGUUCUCUGUCCAGCUUGGGUUUGACCCCAGCCUGUGAACUUUCGCUGUACAAUAGCAUUGAGUGUGACCCGGGCGUAUCAUCCCUGGCCACUAGUUCCUAUGGGGGCAGCGUCGACAACGCUACGUUGACGUCUCUGGUCUGCCAGAGCACCUGCGGGACAUCAAUUGCCCAGCUGCAUGACUCUGUGGCGGCCAGCUGUAGUACCACUGCUGAAUUGGUCCCUGGCAUGCCCUUCCUUGCGCUGGUUGAUCAGGUCUGGAGCAACUGGAACGCAACUUGCUUUACCGAUCCCACAGCCAGUGAUAUCAUUGCGGCGUUUCCUGAUGUUGACGAUGUCACUGAUCUGCCUACUGCAGACCUGUGCUCGUAUUGCAACGUGCAACAGUUAGCCCUCCUCCAGGCGAACGCCUAUUCAGACGCCUACACUGAGGACUGGAAAUUAACUUACGAGGCCGUUGCACAGGCCUGUAACCUCACCGUAUCUGAUUUUGACCCGGUGCAGAGUGCCUUUAAUGUGACGGUCCCAGCUGUAGAGGUGGACUGCAUCUCCGGGAACACAUACACUACCAAGGAAGGCGAUACCUGUGACUCUAUCGCCCAGACCUAUGGCGUUUCUGCUGCCACCAUGUUCUAUAUCAACCCGAACAUCGUCAAUUGCUCAUCCAUCUGGACUGGCACUGAUCUCUGCCUGCCCCAGACUUGUAGCAGUAUCUAUACAGUCCAGGAUAAUGACACUUGCAGCACCGUUGCUGCCGACUAUGCCCUCCUCACAGUGGACAUCAUCAACUUUAACUCUCAACUCAACGUGAACUGCAGCAACCUGGUCGAUCCUGUCCCUUACUGGGGAUCGACCCUGUGUGUCUCCACUCCGGGAGGCCCAUACACUGGCCAGCCCCUCAACACCACCACCGAUGACAGUGGUAGUUCGAUUGUCAGUCCACCGGCAGGCAGCCCCGUGGCUACAGGCACAACGACCAACUGCGGCGCCUGGUUUGUCAACGAGGCUACCCUCAAUCUCACGUGCGCGCAGAUCUGUCUGUCCAACCUGAUCGCUAUCAAUCUCUUCACCGAGGCCAACCCAUCCUUGAACAAGACUACCUGUGACAGCGAUCUAGUAGGUGGUGCUGCCUAUUGCGUUGAUCCACUGCCCGGGUGGGACUUUGGAAAUUCCACCUCAACCACCACGACCACUUCGGUCCCGGCAGCGAGCACGCCAGAGGCUCCCACGCAGACGGGAAUCGCUUCCGACUGUAACAAGUACUACACUUCUCAAGAUGGCGACACUUGUGAUAAAGUAGCGGCCGAAUUCGGCAUCACCACCGCACAGUUCCUUGCCUGGAAUCCGGCUAUUUCUUCAGACUGCACGUCUGGGUUCUGGUUGGAAGAAGCAUACUGCGUCGGUGUGUCGUCCUCGACUACCGCCACCACCACGGCAGCCUCAACAACAACUACAGCAACCAAAGCAACAACGACUACUACCGUGACCCCCCUGCACCCACUCAAUCUGGUAUUCCCAGUGACUGUAAUAAGUACUAUGUGCCAGUGGGUAUGUCUAGCCACCAUUCUCUCUUCCCCUUCCCCCUCCCCAAUCCAUACUUCCUCGUGUAGAAAUGAACUAAUGUAUACAGACGGCGACAACUGUGCUACUGUGGCAGCCGACUUUGACAUCACCACCGCUCAAUUCCUUGCCUGGAAUCCGGCUAUCUCAUCAGAUUGCACGUCUGGGUUCUGGUUGGAAGAAGCAUACUGCGUCGGUGUGUCGUCCUCGACUACCGCCACCACCACGGCAGCCCCGACAACAACUACGACAACCAAAGCAACAAUCACUACUACCGUGUCACCCCCUGCACCAACCCAGUCCGGUAUUCCCAGUAACUGUAAUAAGUACUAUGUGCCAGUGGGUAUGUUUAACCACCCUUCUCUCUUCCCCCUUCCCCUUCCCCCUUCCCCUUCCCUCUUCCCCUUCCCUCUUCCAAUUUAUAUUCACUCAUAUGGGAACAAACUAAUAUAUACAGACGGUGACAACUGUGCUACUGUGGCGGCUGAAUUUGGCAUCACCACCGCUCAAUUCCUCGCCUGGAAUCCGGCUAUCUCGUCAGAUUGCACGUCUGGGUUCUGGUUGGAAGAAGCAUACUGUGUAGGGGUUUCAUCGUAG